AUGAAGUGGGGGAGGAAGAAAUCUGCAUCACCUUCAACUCAUUGUCAUGCUUUGAUUACUCGUGUUUUUCCAGUUUCUUGGCUUGUUAAGUUCAAGCAGAAUGGUGUUAGUUUUGAGCCUAAUUCAGCAGAAAAGAAGCAGAAAAGUAAGCUGAAAUCUCCAUCUUCGAGAUCAUAUGAAUGUGCCAGUUGGAAGGAAGGUAGAUUCUGUAAUAUGGACGAUGAUGUUUAUUGGAAGCUUUUGUUUGGGGAAGAAAGAAUCAAAGCUAGGAACAGUUCACAUGGAAUGAAUUCUGUUAAGUAUUACUCUGAUGAUGAGCUUGGAUUUCCAACAGAAAUGACAACACAAGACAAUCAGCAGUUCAACGACAUGGCUCUGGACACAAGGAAGAUGAAAGAAAUACAGCACGAGAUGAGAAAUAUGUGGGAAAAUCAAUACUCGAGGAGCAAAAAGGAAAAUGGGAAAGCUACAUACAAAACACCAAGGAGAAAAGCUAAGAAGGAUAGAAAGUCCAAAAACUUGGAAAAAAAAGGAGCAGAAAAUGAAAGACGGCCUGAUGAGGAGAAGUCGUUGAAGACAGUUGAAAAGGAUAUAUUUGAAAUUUCAAUGGAGAGUAGGGUAGUUCAUAUGAAAGAGAAGGAUUAUGUGAAACCAGCAGCCUCUAAUUCAAGAGAGCAGCAGGGGAUCUUCUUUCCAAGCUCCAGUGCAAGAAAAUUUGAAGAAGACUGCACAUUUGAUGAUCUGAAUUUGGAGGAAAGUAAUGCAACUUGUCAAGAAGACUUCAAUUUGGGCAGACAACAAUGUGAAGACAAGAAGAUUAAGGAUAUAAUCUCACAUAACGAGCCCCAUAGGAAGUCUGCUUACAUAAGUAAAGAGUCUCCUACAAGAACGAAGCAGAAACUAAAAGUGUGUUCUCCUAGAACAGAAUGCAAAAUUAGAGCUCUUGAAGACAUCAAGAAAGCAAGAACGAAAUACAAAAAGAAGACGAGGGAGAAAGGAGUUGGAGGCAGUACAGUCUUUGAUAAUUUUGCUGUGGUAAAAUGCUCCUUUGCACCAGAACAGGACUUCAGAGAUUCAAUGGUUGAGAUGAUCAGAGAGAAAGGGAUCAGACGGCCAGACGAGCUUGAAGAACUCUUGGCUUGUUAUCUAACGUUAAACUGUGAUAAAUAUCACGAUCUCAUAAUCAAGGUCUUCCAGCAGGUGUGGCUAUUUGAGCUGAACCAGGAGUUUAUAGAUCUUGAAAUAGGAAACGAUCACCUGAUUUAUGAUAAAUAA